AUGGCGCUCACGUUUCUGUCUUUGCGCGCCAGAACAAGUCAUACUGUCCUCAAAUUAUCAUUGUUUGGCUCGCGCUUUAGACCCUUCUCGUCGGUAUCUCAAUCGGACCCGCCGUUGCCGGAACUCGUCGGCGAAAUUGCUCGCAUUUUGAGUGAUUAUAGAAGCCCCCACCACGAUAUCCAAUCGGCCCUUCAUCCAUUCUCCUCCAAGAUUUCAUCUGACCUGGUCGAACAAGUACUCAAAAGGUGUAAAUUUCUGGGAUUUUCUGCUCACAGAUUCUUUCUCUGGGCUAGGGAUUUGCCGGGUUUUCAGCAUAGUAAAGAUAGUCAUCACAUUCUGGUUGAUAUUCUAGGAAGUAGUAAACAGUUUCCUCUCAUAUGGGAUUUCCUUGUGGAGCUUAGGGAUACUGGGAAUUUUGUGAUUACCCCACAAAUCUUUUGGAUUGUGUUUAGGGCUUAUAGUAAAGCUAAUUUGCCUGCUGAUGCCAUCAGGGCUUUCAACAAGAUGACAGAUUUUGGCGUUGUGCCCAGCAUUCAUGAUGUUGAUCAACUCCUGUUUGUGCUUUGUAAGAGAAAGCAUGCUAAACAUUCCCAGGAAUUCUUCGAUAAGGUUAAGAAGGAUUUUGAUGUGACUGCUAAAACUUACAGUAUUUUGAUCAGAGGUUGGGGUGAUAUUGGGGAGGUGGGACAGGCGAGGAAGCUGUUUGAUGAAUUGCUUGAGAGAGGGUGUCCGGUCGAUUUGCCUGCUUAUAAUAGUAUUAUGGAGUCCUUGUGCAAGGGAGGCAAUGUGGAUGAGGCGAAUAAGUUGUUCAGUGGCCUGAGCUCUAUGGGAUUUCAGCCAGAUGCCUUCAGCUAUUGCAUCUUCAUUCAUGCCUUCUGUGAAAAAGAUGAUUUACACUCAGCUCUCAGGGUUCUUGAUAGAAUGAAAAGGUACAAUCUUGUGCCAAAUGUGUAUACGUAUAAUGUUAUUCUCAAGAAACUUUGCAAGAAUGAUAAGGUGGACGAAGCAUACAAAAUCCUUGUUGAAAUGGUAAAGAGUGGGGUGAUGCCAGAUGUUUGGAGCUACAAUGCUAUUCUAUAUUACCAUUGUGAUAAUAGUGAAGUCAACCGAGCGCUUAAACUGAUCUCGAGUAUGGAUCAUUACGGUUGUCAACUGGAUCGACAUAGCUACAAUAUGGUGCUUAAAAUGCUUGUUAGAGUUGGGCGAUUUGAUAGAGCGGAAGAGUUUUGGAAAAGUAUGGACCAGAGAGGAUUUCACCCUCCAGUGUCAACUUAUGCUGUGAUGAUCCAUGGUCUGUGCAAGAAGAAAGAUAAACUUGAGGAGGCAUGUAAGUAUUUUGAACUGAUGAUUGACGAAGGAUUACCUCCUUAUCCUGUGACAUGUGAAUUGUUGAGGAACAAACUUAUUGGUUUCGGAUUUUCAGAGUUGACGGAGAUACUUGCAGAUAAGAUGGACCGAAGUACUUCUUGUUCAAUACAAGAGCUAUCAAGCAUUAUGCGAGGAAAUAAGGUUCAAUCAAAAGUGAAAUGUAAAGAUGAAUAUUCAGAUGACAGUGACGACUGGAGGAGAGUGGAUAUUCCUAAUUAG